AUGCCGUGGACUGUAACGAAUUCAUUCAAGCGGUACGGCCUCAUGAAAACUUACGGAAGACCCUUAUGGCGCGUCUACGACGACGACCAAAACCCUGCCGCGAAGAAGAGACGCGUCCAAGUCGGCGACGAGUCCGACGAAGCUGAAGCCAAUCUACAAUAUGCUAUACGCGAGUCAUCCGCCGCCAUCCUAUCAAGUCCGUCGCGUCGCAAUUCAAUUGUUCCCUCAGAGGCUACGCAGGACGAUGACCUCUCAACACCUCCAUCCUCGCCGCCACCCAGGCUGAGCCCGCCACCGGCCAAUACGCGGAAACCCACGUUUUCGUUCCUCAAGCGCAAGCACUCCGCGACUAAAGAUGCUGCCAAUGGUACCCCGCUUUCCGAAGUGAACUCGAAUAGCGUGCGCUCGUCAGCGGAUCCGCCGAAGAAAAAGCUGAAACAGCCAUCGCAACAACGACAGCAGCAGCAGCCGACGCUGAAACAGAUGCAGAUCGAUGUGGGACGGGAUGUGCGCAAGACAUGUACGACUUGUGGGAUGGAAUACAAUCCCACUAAUACGGAGGAUGCAGCUUUGCAUAAGAAGUUUCAUGAUAUGAACUCGACCGGAGUUGAUCUUGGGAAGGCGUUUAUGCGGGCGAAUGCAUGUCGCUGGGUUUACGAGGCGACUCGAUUUGAUGAGGGCUACGUGGUAAUUGUUGAUCGCAAGGCAUCACCGUCUGCGAAGAACCAAGCGAAGAAAGUGCUGGAGGUUAUCGGCAAGGACCUCUCCUCUCCGGAGAUUCCCGAUGACGUCCUCUGGAGUCAAGUUGAGCCUCCCAAGGAUCAACAACAUGAGUCGAUGGAAAAGGUAGAUCGCUACAAGGUCUUUCUACACAUGAAGGACAGUCGCUGCGUGGGAGCAUGUCUGACGGAGCGGAUUUGGGAGUCCAAGCCCGUCCAAAAGCCGGCAACACAGGCCAACGGCGGUGGUGCCGAACACCCGUCCAACAACAGCUCCUCGAUUACGGUUGGAGAUGAGACACAUCCCGCCAUCGUCGGCAUUUCGCGGAUCUGGACCUCAGGCUCGUCCCGACGGAAAGGAAUUGCCAUGGAUCUCUUGGAUUGCGUGGUGGUGAAUUUCAUCUACGGGAUGGAAAUCCCCCGAGGGCAGAUUGCUUUUAGUCAACCCACUGAAAGUGGGAAUCGUUUGAUUCAGUCAUUCUUUGGGCCCGAUGAGCCGUGGCAUGUUUACAAUGAGAAUUGA